UUAAAUCUAUUUUCAUACCACUCCUACCUUGAUACCACUCUCUCUCUAUAUAUAUGACAUAUUUUGAUACCACUAUGUAUACAUGACAUAUUCUGAUUUUUUUUUUUAAAUGGGUGGCAAAAUUUGAUAGCCAGUUCUUAUUGGUAGUCGUGGUACUGGGUGUGUGUUGGGGUGGGGUGGGCGGUGGGUGACAAAAAAAAAUAAUUUUUAUACCGUCACGUGCAAACCCAACUUUCGUUGGUUUGUUCUGAAUAUAUAUGGGUGGAUGUGUGGUUGAGUAUUUUGUAGUUUGGGGUUGUUGACUUAAAAUUGGAGCAUCAAAUUUUUUAUAACGAAGAUGGCCAGCCAACCAGAGAAGCAAAAAUCUAUCUAUGAUUUAACUGUGAAGGAUGCAAAGGGAAAUGAUGUAGAUCUUAGUACCUACAAAGGAAAGGUUCUACUUAUCGUCAAUGUUGCGUCCAAAUGCGGUUUGACUAAUUCAAACUACAUAGAUCUCAACCAUUUAUAUGAGAAGUACAAAGAUCAAGGGAUGGAAAUAUUGGCAUUUCCUUGCAAUCAAUUUGGUGCGCAAGAACCAGGGACCAAUGAUGAGAUCGUAGAGUUUGCUUGUACAAAUUUCAAGUCAGAGUUCCCCAUCUUUGACAAGAUUGAAGUGAAUGGCGAAAACACAUCUCCUGUUUAUAAGUUCUUGAAAUCAGCCAAAUGGGGUUUACUUGGGGAUAAUAUUCAGUGGAAUUUUGCUAAGUUCUUGGUUGAUAAGAAUGGCCAAGUUUCUGAUCGUUACUAUCCUACAACAUCUCCUCUCUCAAUUGAGAGGGAUAUCAAAGUGCUGCUGGGAAUCGCGUAAUUGCCAAGGUCAAACCUUCAACAAUGUGGAUUGAUUUCAAACUUGUAGGAAUAGUUUGUCCGUUAUUUGCUUGUGGAGAAAUUCUAAACUGAUGUGUUUUUAGUAGUAGUAAUAAAUUCCUACAUGUUACUCUGUUCUGUUGCUUGAUCAUAGUUUACCAAUCUGAUAUGCAGGCAUUUGAUAUUA